CACACACAUUCACACACACGCAAACUCUUUCCUCCUCCACUUCAUUUUUCCUUUGUAAAUAUCCGAAUCAAAAAUAAAACCAAAAAGAAUCGAAAAAUCAAAGAAUCGGAACCAGAAACUUAUCAACAAAACCUCUGUUCUCCCGGGAUGGCUGGCGUUCUCGAAACCCUAACCGUACCACGCGCCGCGUCUCUGCCCUCAGCUUCCUUGGCUCCCAUCGCCGGCUCUCCAUUCUCUACCAGCCGCGUCAGAUUUUCCGAGUUUAGAGGACUUAAGAUCCAGUCGACUAGGCCGUCGUCCUCCGCCUCGCUCAGUUCAAAUGCCAGACUCGCCCGCCGUGGAAGUCGAAUUGUUUGCGACCGCUCUAGUAGAGAGAAGUAUAUGGAAACAAAAAUGAUGGCUGGUGAUCUGCUCGUAUUCUCUAUGUUGGCUUUUGAAAAUGGAUCUGUUGUUGUCCCACCUGUCAAGGAUGAUACGUGGCAGUCGCUGGUACUAGAUUGUGAUUCACCUGUUCUGGUUGAGUUUUGGGCUCCAUGGUGUGGGCCAUGCCGCAUUAUUCACCCCGUAAUUGACGAGCUGGCUAAGGAGUAUGCUGGUAAACUUAAAUGCUACAAGGUUAAUACAGAUGAUUCCCCUGGAAUUGCAACUAAAUAUGGGAUCCGAAGCAUCCCAACUGUAAUGAUUUUCAAGAAUGGAGAAAAGAAAGACACUGUCAUUGGUGCAGUUCCAAAACAAGUAUUGACUACUAGCAUAGAAAAAUUCUUGUAAAGUGGCGGGUAUCCAGUCCAUGAUGUUUCACGAACAGAUUCAAUAAUCCUAAGAUGGUUCUGUAUAGAUGGAUGCUACUGCAUUCCCUAUUUGUAUUGAGAUAAUCUUGGUUACUAAAGUUUUUACAGUUUGACGUUGUCUUUUAGAAUUAA